UUUUGCUGGUCUGGACUUCCGGUUGAGAAGUGCCCCUGUUUUCUCUACAAAAGAUAGAUAUGCCGAGCAAAAAGAAGAAGUAUAAUUCAAGGUUUCCCCCGGCAAGAAUAAAGAAGAUCAUGCAAACGGAUGAUGAAGUUGGAAAAGUGGCUGCGGCUGUUCCGGUUAUUAUUUCCAGAGCUUUAGAGCUCUUCAUUGAAUCUCUCAUUCUUAAGACCAAUGAAACUACAACAGCGAAAAAUGCAAAAACCCUAACAACAUCUCACAUAAAGCAGACAAUUCAGGCUGAGAAGAAGUUUGACUUCCUUCGAGACCUUGUGUCCAGCAUUCCGGACCACCAGACUGAAGAUGAUGGUGGGGAGAACUCAGGGGCCGCUGAACCCAAGAAACCCAGAGGGCCGCGUGGACCCCGGAAGCCCAGAGAUGGCACUAGCGCAAGGAAGAGGACAGGGAGAAAGUCAUCAUCAGAAAGUUCGGAACCUAAUGCAAAUGAGGAUGACGAGGAAACAGAAACCGAUGAGGAGGAGAACAAUGGGACAUCAGCACCCCCAACCCCUGUGAUGACCUCCCCCUCUACCAGCCAGCAGCUGAAUUCACCCCCAACAGCUCACAUCCCAGCGCCACACAUCCCCCCACAUGUGCAGUCACUCCCACCACAGAUGCCUUUCAACAGCAUCCCGUAUUCGAUGCCCCCCAUGUCUCAGGUCCCCAGUAUGCCGUCGGUGUCGGGCAUGUCAUCCUCGUUGCCGCAGCAGAAAAUAGUGGAGGACGAUGACUAUGAUACUUGAUUCCACACAACUGACAUUAGUUAACCACAGUUAAGGACAGCAGCUAAUGAGAAAUAUCCUGAUCUCUUGUUUUAAAAACUGGCUGCUGAACUCUCCAUGUUUUAAUCCCCAUGUUACAUAUGUUAUUCAUGGUUUUAAUGUGGACAUCUCUUUGUUAUUGAAUGUUCAGUGAAAAUGUUGUACUUAUAAAGUAUAAUAUUAUGACAGGCA